UCACGUCGAACGAAGCCCCGCCUUCUCCUCAACUUUGUUGACUGCGGCGGAGACGCGCCAGAUCACUUGCAGCAGCAUCUGUAAAGGACAUGACUAAACAGACAGAGAAUGGAUGCAAACGUCGUGGUACUCGGCACAGACAAUGUUGGAAAAUCUGCACUUAUUGUCCGAUUCCUGACUCGUAGAUUCAUCGGGGAAUAUGGGGAUAUUGAGUCCCUUUACACUCACAAUGUUGUUGUGGAUGGACGAGAGCAAACUUUGAAUAUAUGGGAUGCGCCAUAUUCACAGCAGGACCCGGCUUCCGAGUCCUUGAUGUACGAAAAGAGAGUCCAGUGGGCAGAUGGCUUUGUGCUGGUCUACAGCAUCUGUGACCGAGCCAGUUUCAACGCGGUCUCCAGACUCAUUCAAAUUAUCAAAACCAAUAAGGACAUUCUGGGCUUUGAGAAGAUGCCCAUAGUUAUUGUGGGAAACAAGAGGGACCUGCACCACCGUCGUGCGGUCCUCAGUGAAGAGGGCAGGCUGCUUGCGCUCUCGGCAGACUGUCAGUUUUAUGAGGUCUCAGCUGCUGAGAACUACCACAGUGUCCUCAUGGUUUUCCAUGGGCUGGUGGAUCGCAUCAGGGAGUCCAGGGUAUCUGUGAAAAAGUUAGCAGGCAUCAAGGGCAUUGUGAAGAGCAUGUCUGCAGUGUUCACCCGCAGGCGAACAGAUUCGCUGUGAAGCUAAUGGGAGCUCUGGAAAUAAAGCUUAUGUGAUCUGAUAUGACCUAUUUUAGAUCCAUUGAGAGGGACGAGCCAUUGCUGUGGCUUGCAUGAGAGUCUGGGAUCUUUCAUGUGACUACAGCUGGAUCUUCCAUGUGGGCAACUAAGAGAUUGGCCUAGUUUGUCUGCUAAGGCGAUGGCUUCCAUUGAGAACAUAUUGACAUCAGAGAGUUCUUAAUAAAAUGCUUAAGAUGCUAUGUGGCAGCAGAUUAUACCAAUCAUAAGUGGAGUGAAUAUUCCAUUGUUUGAGGAUAAAUAUAUAAUUUAACCUCCUUUGCUUGCUUUAAAAGGAAAAGUUUCUAAAGAAAAAUUUC